GGAAGAAAGGUAGGAACAUGAUGAACGAGAUGAUAUUGAUGUGAGCCAUAACAUUUCAUUAUUCCGAUAAAUAUGACGAGGGGAAUGUAAACGAGUUUGCGACAUUGAUUUGAAAUUCGACGAGAAGAGGAGAUAGGGGAGACAAAGGAGACAAAAUAAGAGAAAAAAAAAAAUAAUAAAAAAGAAUAGAGAGGGAUCGGAAGAAGAGGAGGGAAAGAAGAAAAAUAUAGGGAGGGAAAGGACUUCGACAUUUUUCGAAGUAUCAAUGGCGGAGUAGUACAAAACGACGACGAAUCGAUUGUAUAUGUUGUAACUGUUGUAUACUAAACGAUCAACGCGAGUCAUCUAGAUAAUAUCUAUCGGAUAGAAAAUUCUUUUAUUAUUCGCGAAAGGAGAAAGAGGAGAAGGAGGAAGAAGAAAAGAGAGAGAGAGAGAGAGAGGGAGAAAAGAAAAAGAAAGGAAAAGGAGAAGAAAAGAAGAAAAAAAAAAAGGAAACUAAAAUAAAUCUUCAAGAUGCCGCGCUGCUACAUGGUUAAGAAGGCCCUGUGCAACAAGUACAUUACCAGCGUUGCCAAAGGAUUCGAAAGCUGGGGUCGUGGUAGAAACACGCCAUCGCCAACGACCAUACAGUUGCCCGUUUCGCCCAUAGAAGGGAGCGUUGCACCCACUGUUGCGCAAGACAUUAAAACUACGGGGACGCCUAUCAUCAACGAGAACAACAAUUCGAAAGAAUCUACGUGCAAAAAGGAAGAUUUUGGGAUGGGAACUGCGUCGGAUUCACCGAAGUUGCCUCAAAUAGAAAUGGCAACGACGGUGAUUGCUUAUACGACAUCGGCGGCCCCUAACGUAUCAACGCCUUCGUCGUCGUUAGAAUCCAAUGGUGUCAGAUUAACGACAACGACAACGACAACAACUACAACCACCGCAAUAAUAUUGACGACCGCUACGACGACGGCUACGAUGACGUCUACGACGACAACGGCGAAGACGAUGAUGACAACGACAAUGACAAUAUCGAGCAUGCCAACGUCAAAGACGUUAGAGCUUGUUACGGGUAAUGUUGUUUCGCCGUCUCAUCGUUCGGCACAAAAUGAUCCAUCCGCGUCCUCUACCUGUACGUCUACGAGAUAUACUAACGAGGACACUACGACGGAACAUAUUAACGAGGAUACCAAAAUAAGAACGACGUCUUGUUGCAACAACAUUAUAUUAUCCUCAAAUGUUUCCUCAAUGUUCAAAGAUCGUUCAGCCGCCGAAACGGAAGCAGCUCAUGAUCUUCUUGAACUUUCAAGGUCUUUACCACCUUUACCACCACCGAGCGUUGCGAUAGGUCCUCAAAGCGUCAUCGAGACACCUGCCACGGAUGUUCAAGAGAUGACAGUGUAUCAACCUGUCGAACAACCAAUCUAUCAACUAAACACGAUCGAUCUUACCGGUUCGGCUACCGUCUAUCAUCAUCAGCCACAGCAACAACCACCACCGCAGGCAACAACGAGUAUCAUUUAUGAGCCGACAACGACGAUCGUUCAGCAAACAUCGGGUGGUGUCUUUAUACCACUUUCACCGGUUCAAGAGAUUCUCUUCACUUAUAGUACGCCGUCCAUACCAUGUACGUCGAUUAUAACUCAACAACCACAACAACAGCAUCAGCAUCAGUUACCGAUGCAACAACAGCAUCAGCAACAACAGCAACAACAGCAACAGCAACAACAACAACAACAACAACAACAUCAUCAUCAUCAUCAUCAUCAUCAGAAUCAACCGAUCGAGACGGCGCCGCCAUUGACACCACCUACGUCCGAAUGCAGCAGCGACAUAGAGAACAAUAAUCCUAAUUCUCAACCUAGCCAACGAGACAAGGAAGUGCAAACGGUUACCGAACAAACGGAAAUUAAAGCUGCCACUUACACUUACGACACAUUACUUGUAGCCGAUGGCAGGUCGAAAAACAAAAAGCUACUUUCUCUCCAAAAGACACCGGAAACUGAACCAGCUGAAAAUCUGGAAACAUCGAAAACUGGCCGUUACGUCUGUUGCGAAUGCGGUAAACAAUAUGCAACCUCGUCGAAUUUAUCGAGACACAAGCAAACCCAUCGCAGUAUCGACUCACAAUCGGCGAAGAAAUGCAUUCAUUGCGGCAAAGCGUACGUUAGUAUGCCAGCUUUGGCGAUGCAUAUGUUAACGCACAAAUUGACCCAUAGCUGCGGUAUUUGUGGAAAAAUGUUCUCAAGGCCUUGGCUACUUCAAGGUCAUUUACGUAGUCACACAGGUGAAAAACCAUAUGGAUGUGCACACUGCGGUAAAGCAUUCGCCGAUCGUUCCAACUUAAGAGCCCAUAUGCAAACUCAUUCGGCCGACAAGAACUAUGAAUGUCCUAAAUGUCAUAAGUCCUUUGCCCUUAAGUCGUACCUGAAUAAACAUCUCGAGUCGGCGUGUCAAAGAGAGAACGGCGAUGAAAGUAGCAACGACGUUGACACCUCGCCAUAAUAAAUAUAAUGUGCCUGAAAACGAAACAAAGAAUUAAGACGACUAAUAUUUCAUAAAAUAACGACUACAGAAACGUGACAAAUUUCGCACAUGCCAGUGAAAGAAAUGAACUACGAUAUUCAGGGCAGGCGAGAGAUAUGGAGAUCAACGGUCUAGAAAUAAAAAAGAAAAAAAAAAAAAAAGAAGACAAAAAAGGGAAAAAAAAUGCAAAAAGGAACACGAUCAAAGGCCAUCACAGAUCCGAAUAUAUAGUUGUAGUUUUAUGCAACUAGGGACACGCGACUUACCAUAGGUGAACC